UUCACUGAAGCUGUUCACUUCAGGAGUUCAUUUUUUCCUGUGGAUAACUCGUCCUUAUCACUUUUUGUAGUCUUUUUCUCAGCUGUUGAUCUUGACACAUUUUAUCAAGAGGUUUACACACUGCUGUUGAGCUAAAUCACCUGUGGAUUUUAGUUUUGUUGUCAUAUCUGCUGGACAUUUAUUUUUAUUUUAUUUUUCAAAAAUGUCCCAUCCUAGUACUCUGGAUUUAGACAGAUACAGCAGCUUAGAGAACUCUCGUCGCUCUACCGGUCGCAGCCAGCCCAGGUCCAAGUCCAAGCCCGGGGAAGUCCUGUGUGACUUCUGCACAACGAGGAAGCAGAGGGCAGAGAAGUCAUGCUUGGUGUGCCUGGCAUCUUACUGUGAGACCCACGUCCAGACUCAUUAUGACUACCCUGCCCUGAUGAAGCAUAAACUGGUCAAAGCUACGGGCCAGAUGAGAGAGAAGCUGUGUGCACAGCAUGACAAGCUGAUGGAGGCUUUCUGUCGCACUGAUGAGACGUCGGUGUGUGUUCUGUGCAUGAUGGACGAACACAAACACCAUGACAUCGUCCCGGCUGGAACUGAGAGGACUGAGAAACAAAAACAACUUGGUACCACGCUGCACAAAUCUCAAAUGCGGAUUGACCAGAGAGUUAAAAAGUGGCAGGAUCUCCGACAAGCUGUUGAAUCACUUAAACACUCAGCUCAAACUGCCCUAGAGGAGAAUGAGCGGAUCUUCACUGAGCUUCUGCUUUCCAUUGAGAGGAAAUACAACGAUGUCAAGGAGAUGAUCCGCUCCCAUGAGCAGACCACUGUGACAAGGGCCGAGUUACUGUUGGACCGCCUGGAGGAAGAGAUCACUCUUCUGAGAAAGAAACACACUGACCUGGAGAAGCUCUCACACACUGAUGAUCACAUACACUUUCUGCAGAGCUGGCAGUCUCUGUCCGGCCCCUCAGGAUAUGAAGACCUCAACAACAUCAGUGUCGCUCCCAAUUACUCUUUUGAGUCCACGAAGAGAGCCAUCGCUGCGCUCAAAUUACAAGUAGAGGAAAUCAGCAAGACAGAAUUGAGCAAAAUUUCAGGAACAGUGAAGGAUGUCUACAUCACACAAGAGGGUGAGACAAAGACAAGAGGAGAAUCAAUUUUGAGGGAGGAACCACGGAUAAGAGAAGAAUCAAGGAUAAGAGAAGAGCCAAUGAUAAGAGAGGAACCAAGAAAAAGGGAAGAUUUCCUGAAAUAUGCUUGCCAGUUGAUCCUGGAUGUCAACAGUGUCCAUCGCAACCUCUACCUGUCCGAGGGUAACCGUACAGCUACGAUGAAGAGUGACCCGAAAAACUACCCUGACCACCCAGACCGAUUCGACCACUGGCAACAGGUGUUGUGCAGGGAAAGCAUUACUGGCCGUUGUUACUGGGAGGUGGACUGGCGGGGAACAGAGAUAGACAUCGCUGUUACCUACAGGGGAAUCCGCCGUAAAGGAAACAGCAAUGAAUGCAGCCUGGGCUGGAACGACAAGUCCUGGAGUCUGUACUGCACCGACUCCAAGUUCUCCUUUGUGCACAACAAUAGGAGCAAAGACAUUGCAGCUCCAAUGUCAUCUCGUAUUGGCAUCUACCUGGAUUAUGCAGCAGGAAUUCUUGCAUUUUACAGUGUCUCUGAUAGCAUGCAACUUCUGCACAGAGUCCAGACCACAUUCACACAGCCUCUCUACCCUGCAUUCAGUGUGUGGGGCUUUGGUACUACUAUUAGACUGUAAGGAGAGCUGCAACAGUGCCAAUAUAAUUUGCAUCAAGUUUACACAAUAUUCUCAAUAUUGUUGAAAAGUGAUGUCGAUUGUUUCUAUUUGUUCCAACUUUUGCUAACAGUUCUUUUUUCCCCAAAUGUAUGAAUGUAUUUUAAAUAAUCCAAUUGAUAAACUUUUGUUUUUUUGAUCACUGUUUUUGGGCAAUCUAGUCUACAAAAUGUGUAAGUAUAGGAAAAGUAUGCAAUAAUUGAUUAUCAUGUGCCAUGUUUCAUAUCUUUUUCUCUAUCAUGUUAGAGCAUGUUAUAUUUAUAUACCGUUUUUACAUUGUAAAUAAAAUUAAAUUAGCAUUUCUAAAAUCUAAAAAGUAUUUUGUUUUUAUCUGGCACUUAAGCUAGGAACUGGAGUUAUAGUUAUGUUGUUGUUGUUUAAAUCUGGCUCAAUGAAGGGACAUAAAAAAACAAAAACAACUGAAGUCACACACAUCCAGCCACUCCCUGCUCUGCUAAAUAAAGUUUAGUCCUUUAUACAGA